GGGGUGUGUGUGUGUGUGGGGUGGGGUGGGGUCGGGUGAGAGACUCCUUUUCCCGGGACGCCGGUUCCACGCGGAGGACGUGUUUAUGGAUCCGCGCGCGACCGUCGGCAGCACCCGGACAUCAUCCGCCGCUCACCGGACGCCCCUCGGUCAUGACUCGCCGCUUCUGCCCCGCUUGUGAACUUUGAUCCAGAAAAUUCUGUUGUUGUUUUUUUCCCCUCUCUUACCCCCUCCCCCCCUCCCCCCCCAACCACCCUCCUCAUUUUUCGUCCUUCCUCCUGCGUCCUAAAAAAAAAAAAAAAAAAAAAAAGUGCGUGUGGGGGGGAUAGCAUGGCAAUGGUAGUAAACCAGUGGCCAGAGAACAUUUCCGCCGACCCGGGCUCGCAGCUGCAGAUUUGCGGGCAGGAUCCCGGCGGCGGCGGCGGCGGCGGCGGCGGCGCGCCCGGGACGCCCGCCGGCUCCACGCCGGGCGCCGCGGACGCGCUGUCCGCGGACAAGCUGCAAGCCAACGUGGACUGCAUGGUGUGCGGGGACAAGUCGAGCGGCAAGCACUACGGCCAGUUCACGUGCGAGGGCUGCAAGAGCUUCUUCAAGCGCUCCGUGCGCCGCAACCUGUCGUACAGCUGCCGGGGCAACCGCGACUGCCCCAUCGACCAGCACCACCGCAACCAGUGCCAGUACUGCCGCCUCAAGAAGUGCCUCAAAGUCGGCAUGAGGAGAGAAGCCGUCCAACGAGGACGCACGUCCAACUCUCAGAGCAGCCCGGGCCAGUACCUGAGCAACGGGGGCGACCCGUACAACGGCCAGCCGUACCUGUCGGGUUUCAUCUCGCUGCUGCUGCGCGCCGAGCCCUACCCGACGUCGCGUUACGGCGCGCAGUGCAUGCAGGGCAACAACCUGAUGGGCAUCGAGAACAUCUGCGAGCUGGCCGCACGUCUGCUCUUCAGCGCCGUCGAGUGGGCCAAGAACAUCCCCUUCUUCCCGGACCUGCAGCUCAUGGACCAGGUGGCGUUGCUGCGCAUGUCGUGGAGCGAGCUGUUCGUCCUGAACGCGGCGCAGUGCUCCAUGCCGCUGCACGUGGCGCCCCUGCUGGCGGCGGCCGGCCUGCACGCCUCGCCCAUGUCGGCCGAGCGCGUGGUGGCCUUCAUGGACCACAUCCGCGUCUUCCAGGAGCAGGUGGAGAAGCUCAAGGCGCUCCAGGUGGACACGGCCGAGUACUCGUGCCUCAAGUCCAUCGUGCUCUUCACGUCCGACGCGAUGGGUCUGUCGGACGUGGCCCACGUGGAGAGCAUCCAGGAGAAGUCCCAGUGCGCCCUGGAGGAGUACGUGCGCAACCAGUACCCGAGCCAGCCCAACCGCUUCGGCCGGCUCCUCCUGCGUCUGCCGUCGCUGCGCAUCGUGUCGUCGCCCGUCAUCGAGCAGCUGUUCUUCGUGCGGCUGGUGGGCAAGACGCCCAUCGAGACGCUGCUGCGCGACAUGCUGCUGUCGGGCUCCAGCUACAACUGGCCCUACGUGCCCGCCGCCGUGCCCCGCGAGAGACCCAUCUCGCUGCACUACAACGACAACGGGCCCUGAGGCCGCACCCGCGCCCGGCCCCCGGCGGGGCGUUUCUCGUUGACCCGGACGAGGGCUCGCCCGAAAAAAUACAUAAAUAAAUACAAAAUUUUUAAAAACUGGACGAAAGCAGAGAGCCAUGAAAACCGCAAGCCAUUUAAAACAAAACUAGAAUUGAAAAAACUAAAAGUCUCUUUGGACCUUUUUGCCAAGGUUUUAUUGUGUGUUUAUACAACAGAGAGAAACGUCAUGAUUGUGUCCACAUGUACAGUAUAUCGUCUACUCAUAGCACAGCGGGAUUCCACUUGGGUGGGGGGGGGGGGGGGCAGUUCAGGCUCUAAAGUGGGUGACUAGAUGGGCAUGGGCCAAAAAAACAGGAAAAAAUGACAUUUAUCAUGCCAAAGUCAAAUUCGACGUUUUUUAAAACACAUUUUUAGGGGGGUGGGGGUGGUAAACACGGUGGGCUAGCGGUUGUGAGGUUCAGGGUUCAAUUCUGGGCUUGAGUUUACAUGUGGGUUUUCAACAGCCACGUUCCAAAAAGGCGCACGUUGGAUUCAUCGAAGACAGUGUAAAUAAUAAAUCAGAAUUUCCUUUGUUUAAGCAGGUAAACAAUUGAGACCGGUUUCUCACGUUCGAGGCAAUUUGGGGUUCGGUGUCUUGCCCGAGGGCACUUCGGCAGCAGACGGUCGGCGCUGGGAUUCCAACUGCCGACCCGUUGAAGACUAAAUUUUGCAAAGGUGGGAAUGUCUGUUUGUCCAAAUGUGCUCUGCGAUGGUCUGGUACCCCGCUUCUCUCGCCAAAAUUCCAUUCAGCUUCAUUGAGGACUCCAAAUUCUUGCUAUCUACCAACAUGAGUACUAAUUUGGGGUUUUGCAAAAGUGCCCCGCCAUCAGCCGGCGAGUGGCGACUAAUCCAAGGUGUACCCCGCUUUUGUCGACAAAAGUCCAUUUAGGUCGAUUGAAGACUGGAAAUUGCCCUUUGGUGCAAGUGUUCUUUGUCUCCACUACAAAACUCAAAAUCAUACUGAGAAUAUUUUUACUUGACAUAAGUACAAAAAAAUUUGCCAGUGCAGUAAGAAAGAAAGAAAAAAACUACUCCACUGAUUUUUUUUGUUUUUUUCUUUUUUUUUACAUAUUUCAAGUACAAAUGUGCUUGAAACAGGUAACAAUUCUAAAAAAUCACCUGAUCGAUUAAUCGUUUCUCGUGAUUAGGGAGUAUUCGAUUAACGGUUUCGUCCACUCUAUAAAAAUGUCUAUAUAGCGAUUAGAGAGUAUUACGAACGCAAUCGCUGCGUUUGCAAUCAUUCAUCAUUUCCGACUCCCCACAAUGAAAAAACUCAAAAGCGUACCACCAAUAUUUGUUCUAUUUCUAGUCAAAUUAGUCCAAUUAAAAUAAGAGAGGAACUUAAAAAGUCAAUUGUUUUAAGACACUUUUUACUUGUAUCAAGCUCAUUUUUACUUGAAAUACUGUAAGUAGAAAAACAAUUGCCAGUGGAGUAAGAAAAAAAAAAGUCUCCGCUGGAAAAAAGAAAUCGACUUAUUUCAAGUAAAAUUGAGCUUGAAACUAGUUAGAAUGUCUUUAAACAAUUGAACGUGUUUAGGUGAUGUCUUAUUUUAAGUGUAAUCAGACUAUUUUUAAGACUUUUGACUAGAAAUGUGACAAAUAUUCCUGAUAAGAUUUAGUUUUUAGUUUUUGCAGUGUGGGCACUGCUUUUCUUCCCAAAAGUCAGCUAGUAGCUAGCUAGUAGCUGUAAAUUGCCCAUAGGUGUGAAUGUGAAUGUUUGUUCGUCUAGCUGCCCUGCGAUUGGCUGGCGAUCAUCGCAGGACGUACCCGCCAAAACCAAAUCCAAAUAAAAAGCCAAGGCACUUGCAUGGCGAAGCUGAUUUGAGAAGCGCAGCCAACGGAAACUCCUCACGCUCAUUUUUCUACGUUACCAUUGUCGCCAAUGGCGCUUUUUGGGGGAGGGGCUUUUGUUUAUUCCGGGUUGGUGGGUGGUUUUCCGAAAUGACCUGUACUUGCCUUCGAACAAAAAAAGACUUUGUCACAUUUAUCUUAUGACUGUGCCAUAAUCUGUCGUUACCUGUUAUAACAGGUAUUAAGUCCAACAACAACAACAAAAUCGGAGUUUAUCAGAGUUUAUCGGCGCUUAUAUAUCGGAGCGUGGAGUGUGUCACUAAUGUGUGAAAACAAGUCUUUAUUACGUUCUGAUACGGUUCUCAUCCUGAUCCCGCUCGGACUUGUGGCCGUGACUUUUAGCGUAGGACUAGUUUCAAGUUGUCCGUCCUCCCGCUCGUCUUCGCUCGCGGUGGGAAAGAAACUUUGAGAAGAUUUGGCAACAGACAUUUCCGACACGGCGCUCGCUGUGUUCUCAGCGUUUCGGAGAAACCGUUGAUUGUCGUCCGUGUUUUUGGUGGUUGAUGACGUGACACAAAUGUUCCUGGGAGUUUGUUUUUACGAAAACCACAAAUGGACGAUCCCAUUUAUUGAAAUAAAAUUUUGUUGUUCACACUGA